AUGCCGAGGCGCAGGUGCGGCAGCAACGAGGCCGUCUCGCAGCUGCUGUACUGCACGGCGCAGAUGUCGGUGACGGUGGACGGGCCAGAGGUGGCGGGCGGCUGCACGCUGCGCUUCACGCCGACGGCCGUGGAGAGCCGCCUGCGUCCGAUAAAGGGCUUUCCCUGCGGCGUGUUUGCGUACACGGGGGUGGGCGCGGAUGCGGAGACAGCAGCGCCUCUGGUGCUGCAGGUCAAUGCCACGGCACUGUGCGCGUGGCUCGUAGCCACAAACGCCAGCAUCCCCGCGGCCAACGCUUUUGGCGCCUUUUGCGACAGCACACUGCAGCCCACGCAGCAGCAGACCCUCACUCUGGGGCGCUGCCUCACAGCCCCCCGCUACAAGCUCGAGGCCGCCCCGGGCUCUGGUGGCGGGCCUGACGCGUCCAUGGCGCGCACCAUAGGCCUGGCGGUGGGCAUGGUGCUGCUGGCGGCCCUGGUUGGCGUCGGCACCGCCUGGUACUUUGUGCGCAAGGCGCGGCGCGGCGGCAGCGGCUUGGGGCCAUCCUGGGGCCCCGGUGGCCUUGGGGCUGGCGGCAUCGGCGGCGGCGGCAACGGCGGUAUAAUGGGUGCGAUGCGGCAUGGCCAUGGCAACGGCCUGGGCCACGCGCACGCCCGCAACGGCGCGCCUGGCAUCGGGCGCGGCGGGGCUCCGCAGUGGCAAAUACGGAGUGGCAGCAGCGAUGCGAUCGGCGGCGGCGGCGGCGACGACGAUGAGGAGGAGGACGAAAUCUUGAACGUUGCCCAGGCCGAGGCCGCCGCCGCGGCGGCCAAGGUCCAGCUGCCGGCCGACAUGCUGGACACCGCGCGGCAGGUCGGCCUGCGCAGCAGCGCGUUCAGCAAGUAUGUGGCGCUGCAGGGGCUGGGGCUGGCGGGGUCGCUGUCGCGGCGCUUCCCUGCUAUCCGUGACCGCCUCAUCGCUGACGACAAGUUCCUGUUCAAGGUCAUCGCCGAGAUCAUCAUCGACUCGGCCUGCGCGACCGUGGCUGAAGUGCGCAAGCGUGGCGAUGAGUUCUGGGCGGAGUUUGAGUUCUACCUGUCGGGCCCCGCUCUAUGGCCCGCAGGCAGCAGCAGCACCAGCAGCGGCAACAGCAGCACCAGCAGUGGCAGCGGCGGGGGCGGCAGCAGUGGCGGCGGCGGCGGCGACCUGAUCGUGGGUGUGGUGCUGGACGUGGCGCUGGUGUCACUCAUCGCGCCGCGUGCGGUGCUCGGCAGCAGGCCCCUCGCGGUGCAGGGCUCAGGUGACAGCCGCGGG